ACAGUCCGUCUGCCUGUAGCGCAGCCACAAUCAUCUCCUUCAUUCUAGUGCGGUCUUCUGCCCCUACCAAAACAUGGCUUUCGUCACUCAUCAAGGAAUCAGAAGACUCUCCUCAUCUGCAUUCCGAAAUGCAGCGAUCAAACAUGUAACGAUCAUCGGUGGUGGACUAAUGGGGGCAGGUAUCGCCCAGGUUGCGGCUACAACGGGUCAUUCAGUGGUACUAGUGGACACAAACGAGGAAAUCUUAAAGAAAUCUACCAUGGGGAUAGAGGGCAGUCUGAAGAGAGUGGCGAAGAAGAAGUUUGCUGACAAGCAAGAGGCCGGAGCAGAGUUCAUCGCCACGGUAAUGGCCAACGUGUCGACAUCGACAGACGCCAUGUCGGCAGCGGAGAGCACAGACCUGGUGCUGGAGGCGAUCGUGGAGAACUUGAAGAUCAAGCAGGGCCUGUUUGGUGCCCUGGACAAGGUGGCCCCUGCACAUACCAUUUUCGCCAGCAACACAUCCUCUCUGCCCAUCACCGACAUAGCCAGUUCCACUGGGAGGCUGGACAGGUUCGGGGGCCUACACUUCUUCAACCCCGUCCCCAUGAUGAAGCUGGUGGAGGUGAUUGGAACAUCUGCAACUAGCCAGGAGACCUUUGAUUCCCUCCUUGCAUUCAGCAAAGCCCUGGGCAAGACACCGGUGUCCUGCAAGGACACCCCUGGGUUUAUUGUGAACCGUCUGCUCGUGCCCUACAUGAUGGAGGCCAUCCGACUCCUUGAGAGAGGCCACGGAUCGAAGGAAGACAUCGAUAUUGCCAUGAAGCUGGGCGCUGGGUACCCCAUGGGGCCCUUUGAGCUGCUGGACUACGUAGGACUGGACACGGUUAAGUUCAUCAUAGACGGCUGGGCUGAGAAGGACCCGGACAACCCCCUGAUGCAGCCCAGUGAAGUGCUAAAAAAACUGGUGUCUGAGGGCAAGUUUGGCAAGAAGACGGGAGAGGGCUUCUACAAGUACAAGUGACUCCACCAGGGUCCUGUUAGUCAGGACAGACGGUUUUGAAAUUGAAAACAAGAACUUUGCGUUUCUUUUUGGACAUGAUAAUCCAUUUAAUUUCAGAAUUUUUUUCUGUUGUUGUCCUUUUGUUGCUUAAUGAACACAGCCUUGACGGGCGCAUUUGCACCGCCCUUGUUUAACUCUGGGAGAACAAGCCGGUGAACUUGAACGUAACGCUUAAUAUACAAAUGAAAUGCAGCUGCUGUGAAACCUCAGUGCCUUUCUGAAGAAGAGUAGACUGGUGUUACGACUGGCAAUGUAUAUUCUGAAUGUCAUCUUUAGAUGUGGUUUGUAAGUAAAAGUUGUUGGUAAUAAACUGACAUCCAAAUGC